AUGAUGGACGAAAGCUCAGCUCAUUUUCACUCGAAACAAGGCAGGAUGUCUCGUGGACUGCGUCAACUUGAACGUCGUAUUAAAGCUAAACGGUUUCAGUACAACGUGAAUCAGCGUCGUCUCUCGGUGAGAUCGACCUACGGGAUUCUUCUUCAUGCCCUUUCAUACGAAAUGACAGUAAUUAUCUCAGGUGAUUCAUCGGAAAGCAGUUACUCUCUCUGUAUCUACAAUGUUUAUAUGAUUCAACUUCUUGUCAAUUGUCUUCUCGCUACACUAUAA